GUUUAACCGUAACGCGGCUGUUUUGUAUUAUUUACAAGAAUCCCCUACGCACCCACACACAACCACAUACGACUUGAAGUCGCGCUUGUCAAAUUUAUUGGCACAGGAAAGCUGAUCCGCGGAUUAAGUUCUCAAGUGCUCAAGCUGUAGUUUUUCUUAUCUCGGCUCUGGACCGAAUUUCUCCGGUUUCCAGUCACCGCAGCGGCUUUAAAUGUGACUCGAAUCAACGCUCGUCCUCUCGGCUCUUCGCUGGUGUCCUCGAAUCAAGUGAAUCCUCAACAGACCAAAGAAGUCUACCAGUUUACUGGAUCAGUAUCUAUGAAAAUUGCCUCGACUUUUAACCAAAUCCAUGAAUUCUCGAAUGUAUUUCAGAGGUGAAAAAACACCACGCUACACUCAACGCGAACGAAAUAUGGUACUUGGGUUCGCAGCACAAUACAAAGAUAUUAUUGAGAACAAGCGUACCGACGCUGAAUCGAAUCGCAAGAAAGAUGAAGUGUGGAGAAUAAUUGCCAAAGAAUUCAAUACUCGUGUCUACCACCAAAGAUCAUCAAAACAGCUUCGACAGUUGUACAAAAACAUGAAACUCCUCUUGAAGAAAGACUUAUCGGUUGAAGGCAGAAAGCGAAAUUUCAUGGAUAUUCUCAAUACUCUAUCACAGCAGUCGCCAUUGCAUCCAUACCCAAACUACCCGCCACUUAACAUAAAAACAGAUUACGACGAGGAAGACGAUGAGCGGAACGGAUCAAGUUCUUACAACAGCAGCGAACAACCCGAUAACGAUGUCGUGGUCAUAAAAUCCGAAGACUUCAGUGACAAUGACCAAUCGUACAACAACGACGACAUGGACGACUCAAUUAGCAAUAAAGAUAUUCCAGAAGUGUGUUUAGAUGAGCCUGAUGGUGAUGAAGAAUACAACGUCGACCAAAUGCCUCACAGCCUAAACUUGAAGGAUACUUCGAAAGGUGGCGAUUUCAAGUGUGAUUCACUAAUCGCGUUGGCAAUCGAAGAGAGGAAACGGAAAAUCGACUUAAUCAACGCACAAAUUGAGUAUUGGCGAGCGUUAACAAAGAAACUGGAGAGCACAAGCAGUAGUAGCCACUGUCCAUGUCAAAUGCCACGAAUGAAUGGCGUAAACCAAAGCUAGUCAAAAUAUGUGUUAUAUUUUUCGUUUGAAUUUUAUUUAUUUAGUUCAUAUGGUACAAAUAUGGUGUCAUUUAUGUUUAAAGCAGAUAUUAGACCAAAAUCAAUUUGUUAAUUAGAACAGAUAAUAGUUCCUAAUAACGACACUAACUUAUAUUAAUUUAUUUGAAAUUGGCCAUAGCUUAAUUAACCAAAGAUCAAAGAAACCUUGAAUGUGUGUGUAACGUAAUGUGUACUUAUACUAAAUAAUUUUAUAUGUAUUUUAUUGCCCAAAACAUUGUAUUUCGUUUGACUUUAAAAUCUUAUUUGUUUAGAAUACCUAUUUAUUCAUUUCUCCCUUAUGCAAGGACAAACCUACAGUUCGGAAAAGUAUUCUCGUGGUCCUUGUCUUAAGCUUAGACUGAGAUGUACUUUUUAAUAUUUUGAAACUUGCCUAGUCAAUACAUGUGGAUUAUACAACAA